AUGGCGCCUUUUGCUGGCGGGACUAGUUUCAUCGCCUAUCCACCGCUCGACAUGCUCCUUGAGAACGUGGAAAUUAUAAGCGAGAUGGAAGAUGCUUUCCGCCUUAUGCAGAGCGGUAAACACGCCGGCAAAAUCGUUUUAUCUCUUCAAGAUGGUGACGAUGAUAUUGCAAAGGUGCCAGUGCUGCGAAAUCCAAAAACGGCAACGGGGCUUGAUCCCUGCAGCACAUAUCUGCUGGUCGGGGGCUUGGGUGGCUUGGGCCGAUCGUUGGCCCUGACGCUGGUCGAAUCCGGCGCACGCAACAUAGCUUUUGUGUCACGCUCUGGGCUAGAGAAGCCUGCGGCAAAGGCCGUCGUCGAUAUGCUCCAAGCGCAGCCUGGCGGCCAAUUACGCGGCCGGCAACGUUUGCCAAAAUGCCUUAGCGCACCACCGCCGGUCGCUGGGCUUAAGCGCCUGCUCGCUAAACCUGGGCAUUAUACUCGACGUCGGCGUCUUGACCGAGACGGCACCGUCGGCGACCUGGCCAAGUGGGAGAGCCUCGGCGGAAUUAGGGAGUCGACUUUCCACGCCCUCAUUAAGACCAUCGUCGACGGGAGCCGAUCUCUCGCCGGUGGCUUGCACGCGCGAGUCACGGUCGGGCUAGCCACCAGGGGCGCGUUCCCCACUGCCGGCAUCCCGGUGCCGGACUGGCUAACCGACGAGGCGCGGUUCGGUCACCUGGCGGCUUUGAGUUUGGACGACGUCACGGCGGCCAAAAGCCAGGACGCGGCGACGGCCGGGGCCAAGUCGGCCUCCGCCUCGCUGCCGGCACGACUGGCAGCCGCCAAAACGGCCCAGGAGGCACUGGCCGCCGUGGUCGACAGCUCGCGGCCCAUGUACAGGUAUGGUGUCGACUCGCUCAUCGCGAUCGAGUUUAGAAACUGGAUCCAGCGGGAUGUUAAGGCCGACAUUGCCCUUUUCGACUUCUUGGAGGCCACGCCCACGAUCAAGUUUGCUGAAAAGGUUUUUUCGAGGACCAAGCUACUUAGGGUUUGA